AUGUCUUCUAAACUAGAAAUUGAAGAAUUGAAAUUAGAAAUAAGUCGGCUCAAAAAUGAACUUACUGAAAAAGAAAACUUGCUAAACAAACUGAAAAACAAAUGCCAUUACAAUGAGCAGCUAUCCACUGAAGAAAUAGUUAGAUAUAGUCGGCAAAUGAUGAUACCAGAUGUAAAUUUGAAAGGACAAGUUGCAUUAAAGAACAGCAAAGUCCUAGUCGUUGGAGUAGGAGGUCUUGGAUGCCCUGCAGCUUUAUAUCUCGCUGCUGCAGGUGUAGGGGAAAUAAGUUUGAUGGACUAUGAUGAAGUAGAACUAUCUAAUUUGCAUAGACAGAUACUACAUGGACAGGAUAAUGUGAAUGCACCCAAAGUAGAUUCUGCACAGAAGGCAUUGAAUAGGAUCAAUAGUAGUAUCAAAAUAAUCCCUCUGAAAGAGCAUGCCAACAGUGAAACAAUGACAGACCUCUUAAACAAGAAUAAGUAUGAUGUAAUAUUAGAUUGUACUGACAAUGUAGCUUCUAGAUACCUCUUGAAUGAUGCUAGUGUUUUGCAUAAAAUUCCCUUAGUAUCUGGCAGUGCUUUGAGAAUGGAGGGACAACUGACUGUCUAUAACUACCAAGGGGGCCCCUGCUACAGAUGUUUGUUCCCUAGCCCUCCACCAGCAUUUACAGUGACUAACUGUGGAGAUGGUGGGGUACUUGGAGCUGUACCAGGAGUGAUAGGUGUGCUACAAGCUUUAGAAACCAUCAAAGUGAUAACAAAAUCAAUGGAUGUUUUGUCUGGCAGUUUUUUGAUAUUUGAUGGUUCAAAUUGCAGUUUUCGGAAAAUUAAACUCAGACAGAGGAAUCCAAAAUGUGUUGUUUGUGGGGAUGAACCAACUAUUACAUCUUUGAUAGAUUAUGAACAGUUUUGUGGGUCUAGUGCACAUGAUAAGUUCCAGAACCUUUUAGGUACUGUUUACAAAAAAGGUGACCUACUAUUCACACCUGAUGGCAACUCAGUGAUCAGCACUGUAGGCAACAGAAUUUCCAUUUUCGACUUGAAAAAUAAUAAAUCAACGACUUUGCCAGUUGAAAGCAGGUACAACUACAAUGCCUUAGAUUUGAGCCCUAAUGGUUGUACCUUAGUAGCUAUCAAUGAAGAAGGAGAAGCUCAUAUGAUAAGCUUAAUCUCACAGACCAUUGUUCACAAAUAUCGAUUCAAAAGGAAAGUACAAGCUGUGAGAUUCAGUCCUGAUGGAAAACAUUUUGCUGUGUGUAAAGAAAAUAAUGUGUUUGUUUUCAAGGCUCCUGGUCCUUUCUCUGGAGAAUACAAUGCUUUUGUGAUGGAGAGGGUAUUCCAUGGGGCUUAUGAUGAAACAACUUGUCUGGACUGGUCCUCAGAUUCCAGGAUUUUGGCUGUGGGCUCCAAAGAUAUGGCCACCAAGCUUUACCCUCUAGACAAGUGGGCAAAUUUUAGGAUUUAUUCUUUGGGUAAUCACACUGAUGGUAUAGUAGGAUGUUUUUUUGAAGAAAGUGGUUAUGACAUAACAACAAUUAGUAGAAAUGGACAAACCUGCAUUUGGGAGUGUACUGUUGACCCCAAAGACAUGGUACCACUUGUUGUUGCACCACCAAAAAAGAGAAAAAAAAAUUCCAGUGAAUCUGAGGAAGAUGGCAUUGAUAUUUCAAAGUCUUUGGAAAGGACUGAAGAAGAAAUCACAAAAGCUUUGUCAGAAAUUGAUGUGGAAGAUGCAGACACAAAAACACAUGAAGUGAAUAAGUUAUUUUACAAAAGACUGGCUAGACACUAUUUGGCUGAUGAAGUCAGGAAGGAAAAUAGAGAUGCAGUUUUGACAUCUGCUGCUUAUCAUAAAAAAUCAAGAAUCCUAGUUACAGGAUACUCUACUGGUGCAUUUUUUAUCCAUGAAUUACCUGACCUCAACCUGAUACAUUCUUUGAGCAUAUCUGACCAAAAGAUAAGUUCCAUAGCUCUGAACCAAACUGGUGAUUGGAUUGCACUAGGGUGCAGUGGUUUGGGGCAACUUCUUGUUUGGGAAUGGCAGAGUGAAACUUACGUGAUGAAACAACAGGGACACGCAAACAACAUGUCUUGCGUCUCUUAUUCGACCGAUGGACAAUCGAUAGCCACCGGCGGGGAAGAUGGCAAAGUGAAAUUGUGGAAUUUGGUGUCCGGAUUCUGUUUCGUCACCUUUUCGGAACACACUAAUGCCGUUUCGGCAAUUGCUUUCAGCGGCAGCAAAAAAUAUCGCAACUUCAGAACUUUCACUUCUACCAGACCGGUGCAAUUUUCCUGCGUGGCUGUCGAUAGCAGCGGGGAAUUUGUAGCAGCAGGUGGCCAAGACAUUUUCGAAAUUUACCUGUGGUCUAUGAAAACUGGCAGACUUCUGGAAAUUCUGGCUGGACACGAGGGCCCAGUGUCGGGCAUAUCUUUCAGCCCGACUCUCACCAGCACCGCCAUGGUCUCUGUUUCUUGGGACAAGACCCUCAAAGUGUGGGACGCGAUAGAAAAGGGCUCCGCGCACGAGACCAUCCACCUCACGGCGGACGGCGUAUGUUGCGCCUUCAAGCCAGACGGUCUGGAGGUGGCGGUGGGUACGCUGGACGGCCAGAUCACGGUGUUCCACUUGAAGACUGCGGUGCAGGUGAGCUCAAUAGAGGGCAGGAACGAUUUAGGCAGCGGCAGGUCUUUCACCAGUUUGUGUUAUUCUGCCGAUGGCGAAUGUCUAUUGGCCGGUGGUCAAUCUAAGAACGUGUGCAUUUACAAUGUCAAAGAGUCUCUCCUACUCAAGAAGUUCGAAAUAACUCAGAAUAGGUCACUGGAUGCAGUUGAUGACUUCAUGAACCGUUGCAAACUCACCAAUUUCGACAACAUUGCCCUAAUAGAAGAGAGCUACGGCGACAACGUCUCUAUCAAGCUGCCCGGCGUACGAAAAGAAGAGCGCGAGGAUCGUGAGGGUGGCAACGUCUCUAUCAAGCUGCCCGGCGUACGGAAAGGUGAUCUGUCGGGCAGGUCGGUCAGACCGGAGGUGCGCGUGUUCUCGCUGCGGUUUUCGCCUACUGGGCAGUCGUGGGCGGCCGCGACCACCGAGGGCAUGCUGGUCUAUUCGCUGAACGGGUCGGGCGGCGUGUUCGAUCCGUGGGAGUUGCAGCUGGGAAUCACGCCAAUGGCGGUGAGGGAGGCUGUGGAGGAUCGGGACUUUGCGAACGCACUCAUAAUGUCCAUGAAAUUGAAUGAAGUGGAUUUGAUUCAAGAAGUCAUUGAAAGUACUCCACCUAAAGACAAAAGUUCCCGACAUUUGGAGUACUAUUUGCAUUGGGCGCAACAGAUUUUGACUGUGCACGGCCCCAAAAUAAAUGCACAAAAGUGCAUACCAACUCUGUUGGCACUGGAGAAGAGUCUUGUGAGGAAAAACGAGCAAAUAUCCAAAAUAUGCAACUACAAUAAAUACACUCUACAGUAUGUUUCGACGUUAGGGGACAUUUUCAGCAAGAAGGAGAAAGAAGAAUCAACCAAAAUGGAAGUGGAGAGUGAUCAAGACGACGAAUUAUCUGAGGAAGUAUUCAAUUAUUGAAUUAAUUUAGAAUAUUAGUUUCUCUAAAAUUUCCUUGGGAUUUUGUCUCUUUGUUCCUACAUAAAUAAAGAGGACAAGAUUUUUCUCAAAAUGUCACUGUGGUGACUAAUUUUCACUAUUAAAAACUCUUGUUUGAAGGUUUCAUUGAAGAAAAUCAAAUUUGGACAUUUUGGGUACGAAUCUACCUUCCAUCCAAAACGAGGAGAGAAAAUCCCAAAAAAUCUAGGGAAAUGACGAAUGUAAAUAUUGUUUAUGUUGGACUGUGAAACAAUAAGGAACUCAACGUUGCUUGAAUCAUGUAUUAUGCCUAAUAUAUGCAUAUGAAUCAUAAAUAAAAUUGGACGGAUCAUUAAGAGUAAUCACAUA